AUUGAAAACUGGUAAUGUGUGUUUAUACCGGAAGUGCGUGACAGUAGCUCAAAAAAUCCGUAUUUCAUCGGAUUUUAUAUGAAAUUCAGUGAUAAUACAACAAGAUGAAUACUGACGAACGUUUAUUAAAGCUUCAAGCGGGAAGGGAAAAGUUGGCGGCAUUCAAACUGAAAAGAGCCAAGAAAAAACAUAAGGAUAGACCUGAUUCAGCCGAAACACCAGAUUCUGAGUUGUCUACAGAACUAAGUUCAUUCAGUGAUGACUCUUCAUUACCUUCACAUUCAAGCGACGAUUAUGAGAGCAACGAAAAUGAUCAAACAGCUGAAAUUGCCUUCGAAAGGACACGAUUAAAAGCUGCGAGGAAGAAAAUUUUGGAGCUAGAGGAAGACUUGAACGGUAAAGAUUUAGCUAUUCGUAAUCUUGUUCGAGAAACCGAAACAUUAAAGUCUAGGCUAUUGGAUGACAGAUGUGGCUUAGAUGAUGACAGCUACGAAGAAGCUAUAAGGGAAAAAGAUGAGAUUAUAACAAGGUUAAAUAGUGAAAUACAUUCCUUAAGCAGCUCUAAGAAAGAUUUACAAGAUGAUUACUCUAAACAAGCAGAUCAAUUAGUUGGUCAAAUUCACGAACUACAAGCUCAAUUAACUCAGGCCGAUAAUGUGCUAUCCACCCAAGGGUUUGAUCCCACAAUUUCAACACAAGCACUUCGAGAUGCAAAAGCUCGUAUUAUUCAAUUGCAAAAUGAUAAAAAUUUACUCCAGACACAGAAUGCCGAAAUCUCCCGAGACCUUGCUCAAAAAGAAGAAAUAUUACAAUCCGAUAAAGAAGAAAUAGAAUUAUUGAGUAAAGCUCUUACAAACAAAGAUGAAUACAUUGCAAAAUUUGUAGAAUCAAUGGAUCGACAUCAAAAAGAAAUGAAUGAACUACGUUCAGCCAACACUAAUUUAAUAGAUCAAUUAAAUGAAUUUAAGGAAAAGGUUCAUAAUGGGGAAGUUACGACAACUUGUGAAAAAUGCUUAAAAUAUAACGAACUGGAAAAUUACGUUAUGGAGAAGGAUGAUUAUUGUAAUAAGUUAUCUGUAGAAUUAAAAAGUUUAAAGGAUUAUCAAAGUGAUAUUGAAAAUCAAUUUAAACAACAAAAUUCCAAAAUAGAAACAUUUCAAUUAGCAAUGUCUAGUCUAACGUUUGAACGUGAUAACGCUAUAUCAUCAAUGAAUACUGCCACUGAAAAUAUUGAUUGUCUCAAACAGCAAUUAGAGGAAGCAACUUCAACUAUAUCUGCAUUAAAUAAUUUAAAUACAGAAUUAAGAAGUAGCCUAAACGAAAAGAAUAGCGAAAUUGAAGAUUUACUUAAUAGAAUAAAAAAUUCAGAUAAUUUAAUUAAUUCUUUAAAAGAUGAAAAACUGCAAUUAAUAACGGAAAAGAAUGAAGUUGAAAUCUGCUUUAAAAAUAAAAUAGGUACUUUAGAAGAAGAGAGAGCCAAAUUGGUUACGAACGUCUCUUCAGUCACAAAUCUUGUAGGGGAUUUAAAUAAAGAGAAUUCAACUUUGAAAGAAAUGACCGCGUGCUUUCAACGGGAUUUAGCUGAAAAUAGUUCUAGGAAUAUUGAAUUAAAUCAACAAUGUGAUGCAAUAAACGUUUCCCUUAGUGACCUUCAAAGUUCGAAUAAUUUUAUGCAAGCACAAUUAAAUACUAAAAAUGAUGAAAUCAAUGAGCUAAUUAAGAAAACUGAAGAACUCAAGAAGGAAAAUGAAGAAUACUGUCUCUCCCUGAAUACGUUUGACAAUAAGAAUAAAGAACUUUCUUUAGAAAUAGAAAAGCUGAAAAGUGACAGAAUUCACGAAGAAAAUUCUUGGAUCAACAAAUUAAAUGAUAGCGAAACCAAAAGAAAUCAAUUGGUCAACGAUUUAGAUUCCUCUAAAACUCUUUUGGAAGAAAUGAAAACUGCAAACCUCGAACUUAAGGAGAAAAAUGAUCAACUUGAAAAGAGUUUAGAAGAAAGUAAAAUGGAAUUUAACGGAUGUAAAACAAAUUUGGAAGAUAAAAUAUUGAAAAUUAAUCAGGAAAAUAUAAUAUUGGUUGAAAAAUUCAAUGCUGUUGAAUUGGAAAAAAAUAAUAUUAUCUCUCAAUUAGCAAAUGUAAGCGACGAAAAAACUGCAUUGAAUAUCGAUCUGGAAAGAGCUUUAACAGAAAAUGGUAAUCUCAAAAGUGAAAUCGAACGAUUAAUUAAAUAUAACGAAGAAUCAACAUUAUCCCUUUCUGGUGAAUCGAAUAAUCUUCAAAAGAUUAUUAAUGAUUUACGUAAUGAAAAUGAUAAUCUGCACAAACAAGUUGAAAAAGUAUACUGUGAUCUUACAAAAGCUCAAGAGAAUUUUAAUAUUGAAUAUCAUAGCUUAAAUGAUAAAUUAUCGAUAGCUAAUAGUCAGCUAAUAGACAAAGAAUCAGAGAAAGAAUCAACGAAAAACGAAUUAAAAACGUUAAAGAGCACUCUGAAUGAGAAGUGUAAUGAUUAUGAUACAAUAUACAAUAAACUUGAAAAUGAAACUAAAGAAUCGUCUGAAAAGGAUAGGAAAAUUAUGGAAAUUUCAAUGAAAUUAAACGAACUGGAGAGUAUGUUAACUGAACGAAAUCAAGCUUUUGAGGAAAAUUUGUUGGGUCAUAAUCAAUCAUUAAAUGAAAUUAGACAAGAGAAAGAUAUGUUAAUUAAAGAAAUUAACCAUCUGGAGUCUGAUAAUCAGCUAUUAAAUAAUAAAAUUCAUGAACUGCAAACUACUUUAGCGGAAAAAGAGGAAAAAUUAAAUAUUAUUGAAAAGGACGAUGAAAAUUUAAAGGAUACAAUACAAACAAUUAGCGAACAGAAUAGAUACCUAAAAUCUAAAAUGGAUGAGCACGAAGCAUCCAACUUUGAUAAAACUAUCAGAGAUUUGACAGAACAGAAUGAAUUAUUUGUGAUUAAUUUAGGUAAAAUGGAGGAAGAGAAUAGUCAACUAAAUAACAAAAUACAUUCAUUCGAAUCUGCUAAUUUUGAGCAAAUUAUCAAAGAAUUAACAGAGCAGAAUGAAAAAUUUAAAGAUAAUAUAGAAAGAGUAAAUAAUGAAAAUAGUAUUUUGGUAUCGAAAAUUGAAUCUUAUGAAGCUGCAAAUUUUGAUCAAGUUAUCAAAGAGAUAACACAAUCAAAUAACAACUACAAAAAUGAGUUGGAAAGAAUUGCGGAAGAACAUAGAAAUCUAAUAGAGAGAAUAAAAUUUUAUGAAGAUGCUAAUUUGGAGAACGUUAAUCAAGACCUGAAAAAUCGAAUUGAAGCAUUCCAGAGUAGGGUCGAGAAGAUAAAGGAGGAAAAUGAUCAACUUAAAUCUAGACUAGAAUUAUACGAAGCUUCCAAUUAUGAUCAAGUUAUCAAAGGGUUAACUGAACAAAACGAAACUUUUAGAACUACUUAUGAACAAAUAAGGGAAGAAAAUGAUCGUCUAACGGCUAAGGUAAAAUCUUUUGAAGACGCUGAUUUUGAUAAAAUCAUACAAGAAUUUACUAAUGAAAACGACGAACUAAAGAAAAAAUCUAUAUCAUAUGAAAUGAUACUGCAAGAUCAACAAAUCGAGCAAGAGAAAAACGCUAAAGAGAGAAACGAAUUAUUAAAUGAAAUUGAAAAAUUAUCAACUCAAAGUAGAGGUUUACAAGAUUUAAAUAAUUCUCUACUAGAAAAAUUGAAGACAGUCAAAAACGUCUCAAAGGAGGAAAGUGAUAAUUACGAAAAAGCAAUUAAAGACUUUCAACACGAAAUUACUAAGUUAUCUGCUGACAUAUCUAGUCUUCAGGAAAUGAACAAUUCUCUGGUUGAAAAAUUGCAGAGCAUGUCCGAAGUUUCUCAGGAAACAAAGAAGGCACAUGAAAAAUCAAUCAGAGAUCAACAAGAAGAUAAAGUUGGAUUAAUUUCUGAAAUUAAGGAGUUAACUUCUCAAAAAGCUGAUUUACGGAAGGAAAAUAAUUCUCUGUUAGAAAAACUACACGCAUCAUCGAAAGGAUUUGAGGAGGAGAAGGAUGGAUAUGAAAAAAUUAUCAUUGAUUUACAGCGUACAGUGGAGGAAAAUGCAAAUAGAAAUAAUGAAUUAUCUGUUAAAAAUACAAAUCUACAGGAGUUAAACAAUUCUCUUCUUCAAAAACUGAAACUCUCAUCGAAAACAUUAGAAGAACAUGAAAAAACUCUAGGCGACUUACACCGUACAAUAGAUGAAAAAGCUAAUGAAAUUAGCCAAUUGUCCAUUAAUUGCGAAAGUUUACAGGAAUUAAACAAGUCUCUUCUUGAAAAAUUACAAACCUCAUCGAAAGAUUUGGAUGAUGGAAAGAAUGAUUAUGAAAAAAUGAUUAAAGAUUUACAGAAUACGGUGAACGAAAAAGCAAAUGAAAUUAAUGAAUUAUCUAUUAAAAGUACCAAUCUGCAGGAGUUAAACAAGUCUUUACUUGAAAAGUUACAUGCCUUGUCCAAAAAUUUAAAUGAGAAUAACAUGUCCGAAAAAACUGCUAAAGAUAUGGAAGAUAAAGUGAAUGAAUUAUCUAUUCAAAUUACACAUUUAAAUGAAAUAAAUAGCUCACUUCAAGGCGAAUUACGAGCGGUAACUGAAAAUUCGGAAGUGAAAAUUAGGACUAUUGAAAAUACUAUUAAAAAUCAACAGAAUGAAAUAGAGAGAAAGACAAAUAGUGUAAAUGAAUUAACUGCUGAAGUUGAAAAAUUGUCUACUCAAAGAACAGGCUUACAGGAUUUAAAUAAUUCUCUUCUGGAAAAAUUGAAAACUGCAAAUAAAAUGGUAAAAGAGGAGAAGAACGACUAUGAAACAAAAGUUACUGAAUUACAGUAUGACAUUGAAAGAAAAGCCAACGAAAUAUCAAGGUUAUCUACUGAAAUUGAGAAAUUAUCCAUUGAAAAGUCUGACGGUAUUGGGGAAUCACCAGAAAGUGAAUCGAAGAAUAGCGAAACAGCUGUAAAUGAUUUAAAAACUGAGAUUGUUGAAAAGACGAAAGAAUUAAAUGAUAUAUCAACAAAAAGUAGCCAUUUACAGGAAUUGAAUAAUUCUCUUCUUGAAAAAUUAAAAACUUCUGCUAAAACUUUAGACGAAGAAAAGAAUGUAAAAGAAGAGAUUAAAAGUCAAUUAGAUAAACUUCAAGCAGAGAAUAAAAAACUUCAAGGAAAAUUGAAAGCAAGCAAAUUAAAUUCUAAAAAGACAAACGAAAAAUUACAACAAACGACGAAAGAUUUAAAUGAAAAAUUCGACAAACUGCAUAAAGAUCAUGAAUCUUCCUUAGCAGAGCUUGAAUUGGCAAAUAAGGAGUUGAACGAUUUAAGAAAAGAAAAGUUAAAUAUUGAAACUGAAUUUAGUAACAUGAAAGAAUCAUUUGAAUCGUCCAACGAAACUUGGAAUACUAUGGUUCAUCAGUUUCAAUACGAGAAAGAAGCUCACAGUCACGAUGAAGAAGUUAUUUUACAAUUAAAAAAUGAUAAUCAAACAUUAAAUCAUGAUUUACAUCGAUUCAAGAAAGAUAAUGCGGUACUUGAACAGCGGAUUACCUCCGUUAAUCAAGAUAAGGUUCAAGUUGAGGAGGAAGCAGAAAAAUUGAGAUCAUUAAAUUCUGAAUUAGAAAGGAGAUUAGAAGAUUAUGAUAAGAUUGUUGAGACAAAUGAGCAAUUUUCUAAAAGUCUUCAGGUUUAUAGUGAACAAAUUGCCACUUUAUCGAAUGAAAUUGCCAAGAAAGAGUCUGAGAUAUUAGAAUCAGAGAAAAGUAAUACAAAUUUUCAACAUUCUAUUAAUGAUUUAAGUCGAAAACUUGACGAAUCAAUAGCGAUGAAUAACUGUCUACAAGAAAAAUUAAGUAAUACUGAAAAUCAGACUUUAAUAAAGGAGACCUCCCUAGCAUCAGCUGCGAAUACUAAAGAGGAACUUGACAGACAAAUUAAUUCACUAAAGAGUGAUAUCUUUGAUAAAGAUGAACAGUUAAAAAUGAUAACUACUGAAAAAGAACAUCUUACAAACGAUCUUAGUAAUACUCGAACAGAAUUGGAUGAUCUUGAUCAACAAAUCGGCAAAUAUUUGUCCGAAUUAGAUGCUAAAGUUACAAUUAUCAAUAAUCUUAAAGAAAGUCAAGUUGUUUAUUCGAAUAGCAUGGAGUCGCAACUAUCUGCCAAGGACGAUACGAUAAAACAAUUAAGACAAGAGUUGGAAUCUACUAUUGAAAAUAAUUUAACAGAACAAAAUCAUAUCAAACAACAAUGGGAUGAAACGAUGCAAUCCUUAUUGGAAUCAUUAGAUUCUAAACAAAGUCUAAAUAUGGAGAGGGACGCUCUAAAAUCAGAAAUCAUCCAAUUAGAGUCUACUUUACAGGAAAUGGAUGAAAAUUUGGAUAUUAUUUCAGGUGAACAUAAAGCUCGUAACGAAAUUCUAAAAAAUGAACUGGACGACGCAAAGAAUAUUAUAAGUAAACUUGAGUCUGAUUGUUCAACAAAGAAUGAUAAAUUAAUUGAAUUAUCUUCUGAAAAUGAGAAAUUAAACAAAGAAAUAUCUUCGUUACAAACCGAUUUUAAUACUUUUAGAGAUGUUAACGAUAAAAUAGAAACAAAAGAAAUGGAAUUAAAGCAAUUAAAAGAUAAAAUUUCUGAAAUAAAUUUGGAAAAAAAUGAAUUAAAAGAGGAAUUAGAAAGUAUUAGGUCUAAACAUAAUGCGUUGUCGGCUGAAGUUGAAUCAUAUAAGGAAUCGUUGAAUGUAUUACAGGUGGAAAAGGAUACUUUAAUUGCGUCGGCUGAUACCUUUACGAACGACUUUCAAAAUGCUUUGAAACAGGCUAAUGAAAUACAAGCGGAGAAUUUCUCUCUAAGAGAGGCUUUAUCUGUUAUUAAAUCAUCUUCCGCACCUUCUGAAUGCUCUAAUGCUGAUUUAAAUCAAUUUACUCCAGAAACUAACAAAAGCGUUUCUAUCGUAAGUAGUAAUAAUGCCCCUGUCGACUUAUCACAGUCUCUACCGCUGGAUUUAUCAAACGAUGCUAAACUGUUGAAAUCUUGCCUAGAUGAUAUCAAUACUCGGUUAUCUACUACUGAAAGUCUCGAGAAUGAAUUUUCAUCUUUAAGAGAAUUACUUUCAGUCUGUUCAAAUAACACAGAAACUGUUAUUAAUCUAAUUGAGAAUGAAAAUAGUAUUUCUCGUAUGGCUGAAGACGAAGAGUCGAAAGAUAUUCAGAAUCAGUUGGAGGUGAAAGAAAGUGCUCUUCAAAAUGCUCUUGGAAAACUAGCUGAUUUGGAAGUAUUUACAAAAGAACUUGUUGAAAAGAAUGCCAAUUUGGAUGAAACCAUUACCAAAAAAGCAAUGCAAAUUAAACAACUUCAAGAGGAACUCGAUAGAAAGGAAACAGAUGUUCUUGAUUCCGAGAAAGAAUUGACUGAAAUACGUGAUUCUAAAUCGAAAUUGGAAAGCUCUCUAAAUUUUCAAACUAUUGAAUUUGAAAAUAGCUUAGCUCUUCAUAAAGAAGAAAUACAAGAUCUUAAUUUAAAAUAUAAGGAUCAAGAAGAAGAGAAUAUACUAAUAAAAUCGACGGUUGAAGAUCUAACAGUGGAAAUUGAUAAGUUGGAGAGUGAUAAUCAAAGAUUAUCGAACGAGAAGAAUAAUUUAGAGGGUAUAAUACAUUGUAAGGAGGAUGAGAUUAAAGAGAUGGAAAAGAAAAUUUUUGAUUACAAAUCCGAGAUAAACGAAUUAACUUGUCAAUGUGAACAUAUGGAAUUUGAAAAAUCGGCUAUGCAGACUGAAAUAAAUAAUUUAAAAGUGGAUAAAGAACAGUUGGAAAAUGAUAUCGAUCGUAUUUCUCAAGAAAAAAUUUCUAUAGAAAAUUCUCUUAAGGAGCAAACCAACGAAUUUGAAAAUGCUUUAAUCAUUCAUAAGAAAGAAAUUAACGAAUUAAACGUUAUUUGUAACAAUCUUACGGACGACAAUGAUUUAUUAAAUAAUAGAUUAAUGGAGGAUGAAGUUGAAAUGAAAAAAUUAAAUUCCGAAAUUAAUCGUUUAACUUCUUUAAUGGAUGAGAAACUUUAUCCUAUACAAACCGAAAGUAUUGUUGAGACUUUACGUGAAGAAAAAUCCAAUUUAGAAGCAUCUUUAAUUUCUCAAAAGGAUCAAUUCGAGAGUAAAUUGUCUGAAUUGCAAAAAGAAAUAACAGAUAUUAAUAUUAAGUACACGGAUCUAGAAGAUAGUUAUAGUACUCGGCAAACAUCUAUGAAGAAUUUGGAAGUCGAGAACAAAAGAUUAGAAGAUGAAAUUAUGGAACUUGCAAAGAUUGUAGAUGAGAAAAAUGAUAUUAUUAGGCUUAAUAAUGAUAAUCAAACGAAAUUAGAGCAGGAUAUAAACGAAAAAGAAAAGAUAAAUAAUGAAAUACAAUCUCGAAUUGAAGGCAAAGAUGUUGAAUUAAAUCAAUUGAAAGUUUUCAAUAACGAAUUAGAAGACGAUCGCGCUAAGCUUAGGGAGGAGUUAUUCGAAAUGAAUAGAAAAUUGGUUAAUACGGAGAAAUUUUCAGAGGAUUUACGAAUAAAGAAUGAUAUUCUAAUUAAAAGCAACGACAACGAAAGUAAAUUUGAUGAACUGAAUCAGAUUAUUGAACAAUUGAGUGAAUCGUCCGCAAAGGAUAAACUUAUUAUUCACGAAUUACAAAAAACAGUUGACGAUUUAACAAGAUCCAAGAUAAGUAUAGAGCAGGAGGCUGAUGAAAUUAGAAAAGAUUUCGAAUCAAUACUAAACGAAUCUAAAAGAAAAAUACAAGAAGAAAUUGAUAAGAAGCAAUCGACUAUGGAUGAAAGUGAAAGAAAGAUAAACGAGAUAAAUAGACUUAAGGAUGAAUUGGAGGAGCGUUUAGUUAAUUUACAGACUGAAAAUGAUUAUUUAAAUAAAGAAAUGGAGAAUUUAAAUGAAAGGAAUUUCGUUGAAUAUCAACAAACAAUUAACGAACUAAAAAAGGAGAUUGAAAAGUCUAAAGAGAGUAUUGAAUUUACUAUUCUCGAAAGAAACAAUCUAGAAGAUGAGAAUACCAACAUUGCUAAGGAGCUUGACGAAUUGAGGAAAGAGUUGAUGGAGAAAACUGAAAUAGAAACUCGAAAUCAGAAUGAACUUUCAGAAAAGAUGAAAAUUAUCGAAGAAUUGAGCAGAGAGAAUUUCGAAUUAAAUGAUCAAUCGAAUGAAUAUCUUAAGGAAAUAGAAGAAAUAUGCUGCGAUAAAGUUGAAACUAAAAAGCUUAACGAUAGUCUGGAAAAGACAAUUAUCGAAUCUAACGAAAAGAUUAGUAUACUUGAAGAGGAACAUCUAAAAGUGUGUAAUAACUUUGCAGUUCUAGAGAAUGAAUUGAAAGAGUUACGCAUUGAAAAGGAACAUAUUCAAUCUACUAAAAUAGAGCUGGAUAAUAAUUUAUUAGAUCUAAUGAGUAAUCUUGAAUUAAUUAAAAAAGAGAAUUCCGAUUUAUCUUCUCAAAAUCGUUCUGAUAAAGAAAAUUGGAAUAUCGAAAGAUUAGAAAAGGAAAGUCUGAUCGAGAGUUUAAGAAGUAAUAUCGACACUAGUAUAACCGAAAUAAAUGCUUAUAAACUAAAUGAAGAGAAAUAUCAAGAUACUAUCAAUUCUCAAUUAGACGAAAUUGAAACUCUAAGAAUUUCGUUAGAUGGAAAUUAUAAAUUAAUCGAUGAUCUUCGUACGGAGAAUAAUAAUUUAAUAAAUAUUAAUUCAAGAUUAUCGUCCGAUUUAAAAUUAUUGAACGACGAAAAUGUUAAAGUUAAACAGGAAUUUGAAAUUGAAAAGGAGAAUCUUCAACUUCAAAAUGAAAUUCAAUUAACAAGCGAAAUACCCGACGAAAGAUAUUUUAUUGAAAAGUUCGACAUUGGAACUGUUACCGAUGAUAUACAAUUGUACUAUGAUGACGAUAUCCUAGAAAGGGAUCAAAUUAUCUUUAAUCUUGAAGAGACGACAAAACAACUUGAAAAGGAUUUACAAUCCGGUCAAAGAGAAUUAAUUGAUUGUUUAAAAGAUUUGAAACAAUUUAAAGAAUCAGAAAGUAAACUUAAAAUGGAGUUGAAUGAAACUAAAAAAUUAUUAUCAACUUUUCAUCGUGACGAUUCUCAACAAGAUGUCAUACAACAAUCUCAAGAUUUUAAUAUCGAUAUGUCAAUUCCUCAAAAGAGAAAUGAAAUUCCUAUUCAAGUAGAAGAUAGAGAAGUUCAAACAACUGAAUACGAUUUUGAUGAUAAAGAUAAAUCGUAUACUUCGUACGUUACCGAAAGUGAAAAGGAAAUUGAAAGAUUACAAUCCGAAGUUAAUAGACUAAAUGGAGAAAUAAGUAAUAUAAAAUUUGAACAUAUUGAAUGUGGACAAGCCCUUCAAAACGAUUCUACCUUGCCAGCUCAAACCGAUCAAAAUCUUCUCGUUAUUGACGAAAUUCAAACGGAAAUUAUUCUAACGAAAUUUGAAGCAAAGGUCGAAAAAUAUGAAACAAUUGAUCCAGAUCAAUGUAUCGAAGAGAAUGUAGAGCCUAUAAUUACAUCUGAGAGGGAAGAACAGGCUCAAUCGGCUCCUGUAGUUCCACCAGAACUCUUGGAACGUCUAUCCGAAAGUGAAAGGCAAUUAAAUGAGUGUAAAAUUCAACUGAAAAAUUUAUUAUACGAGUUUGGCAUUAUACAAGAAAAUGAUUGUAAUUCCCAAGAUAUCCGAGAUGAUAUUAAUCACCUUCGAAAGACGCUAUCAAAGAACAGUUCCACUAUACGAAAUCUUGAGAAUUAUGCAGAACAGUUAAAGAACGAGUCUGUGGAAGCUCAGCAAAAGUUUGAAGAGAUUCUCAAUACAAAAGGUAAAAACGUUCAAGAUACAGAAUUUUUAUACAUUAUGGUCCAGGAAGGCUUCAACGGUGUCUUUUCAACACUAAACAUACCUAGAAAUAUUGAACCAGAUAGAAUAGUAGAGAACUUCUCCGCGAUUAUGGAUGAAAUAUCUUUUAGGCACAGCACUUUCUUAAUGCUUGAAGAUACAUUUCAUAACUUAGAGGAUAGAUUCGAAGAAGUCGUUAAAGAGAAUAGAUAUUUUAGCGAUGAAAUAUAUAGAUUAAAGAUAAGGGAACAAGACCUAAUGGAUACGGAAGAACAGAUAGCAAGACUGUUGGAAAAAUAUAAAAUAAAUUUAUCAAACACUGAAGAAGGGAAUCGAAUCAUUUUUGCGUUUAAUACUAUUUUUAAAGGACUGAUGGAGAAAGAUUCAACAAUACAAUCAAUGGAGGAGAAUAUCAACGAGCUUAACGUUAAACUAAAUAACGUUCACGAAAAUAUUCAAGCCUUUGAAGAAACUACUAAAAAUAUCAACUCAUAUCAACAAUGCUUGGAAGACAUUGAUGAUAAUUUUAAUCAUUUACUAGAAAAGCAUGGAUUAUCAUUUACAAAUGAAAUGAAAAGCAGCGAAAAGAUACAAAUUAUUGAUGAUGUUUUAACUGAACAUAUGAAAGAUAUUAAUUUAUUGGAAGGUAACGAAUUAAAUUUAAAGGAGAAACUAAAUAUUGAAAAGAAAUUAGUAGAAAGUCUACAAUUUGAGAAUAAUUUAUUGAAGGCAGUCGAAUUAAAGGAUUCUGGCGAAAAUCUUGAAAUUGUUGAAAAGUUUAUCAAAGAUGUUGAUAAAAGCGUUAACGAUAAACUAAAAUAUUUGAAUAAUCAACAAAAUGAAUUUGGCGUUCAAGUCUUUAAUAAAAUAUCCACAAUGUCGGAAAAUAAUAGAAUUUUAGAUAGCAGAGUUGAAGAAUUGACCGCAAUCUUGAACGAUUUAAAUAAUGUAUCUAUGCCGUCAACAAAUAAUAAUAAUAUGGAAAUUAUUGAAGAACUUGUAAUGGAAGUCAACAGAGGUCAAGAACAGUUGAACACUUUAUUAAAUAAGAUACAAGAUAUUGAGUAUGGUUAUAGAAGAGAGCAAGAAACGAAAAAUAAUGAGAUUAUUCUAUUAAAGGCUGAAUUAUCUAAAAUGAGCCAAUUUUCUCAAAAUUUACAAAAAGAAUUAAAGUCGUUAAGGGAAGAACGAUGGAAAUUCGAAGCUCAACUCGAUCUUACCGAAUUUCACAAAGAAGCUGCAGACCAAUUGAAAAAAAUCGCUGCCUAUUUCCAGAAAGAGGACGCAAUAAGGUCUCUACCAGGUCUACCAAUGAAAAUAUCAGCUAAGCGUCAUGUUCACGACGAAUCUUGUCUAUUGACAAAGUGCACCGACCAAGAAACUAAUAGUGAUACAACAGAAUUAAAUAAUUUAAAAGCCCAAUUAAACGGGAUUGUUUCCAGUAUAACAUUAGAUUUGGAUACACUUAAAGCGAAAUGUGAUAGGUUGAGUAUUGAGAAUUCUGGAUUAAAAGACAGGAUACGUUAUAUGGAAUCAAAGAAACCAGCUAAAGCCCAGUUACCCGCUGAUGCCGUUCAACUUCAUCAAGAAGUUAAAAUGUUGAAAGCAAUUAACGAAGAAUGCCUAAAGCAGAAUAAAAGUCUAAAACAUAAAAUCAAUUUGGUACUUUCACAAAUCGAAACAAGUAAGAUUGAAGCUAAGGCAGAUGCUGAUAGAACUUAUAAGAAUACUAUCCAAAGGAUCACAAAUGAAAAACAAGAUCUUGAAAUGAGAAUUUCUCACAAUAUCAUCGAGAAUAAUAAUCUUAAUGAGAAGAUUAACGAAUUGAAGAAAUCAUUACAAAAAGUUGAAAAUGAAAAAUCAGCAUUAAAUCUCCUAUUAAAUGAUAAUAAAACUCGUAUAGAAGAACUACAAUGUCAAUCGAAUAGCUCUUUCAACGAGUUGAGUCAUGUAAGGGAUGAGGCAGCCUCAAAAUUGAAAUACGUUGAGGAACAUUAUAGUAAGAUCAUUCUUGAAAAAUCAAACUUACUAAGAAAUUCUCAAGAUUACGCAAGUCAAUUGUUAAGGAGUGCAAAUGAAAUGAAAUCGGAAAGGGAUCAUCUUCGAAUGGAAUGCGCCGAGCUUACACUUCAAUUAGAAACCCUUAGAAAGGAUCUUUUUAGUGAAAACUCUAAUCUUCUUACGGAAAAUAGUUCUCUGAGAGAAGACUACCAAAGGAUAAGAAACGAAUUGGAAAAGCUUAAUAUAGAAUCGAAUAAUUAUAGAAAUAAAUGGAAAAAGGUUACAGAAGAGCUAAAUAGCACGAAAUCGGUAUACGAAGCUAUCGUGAAAAGAAACGCUAAUUUGAGUAAGUCAACAACAAAGAGAAGCGUUGAAUACGACGAAGUAAGAAAAGCUUACGAGGAGGCAAAAACGCAAUUAGAUAAUCUCAGAGCAGAAUACGAAAUGCUCGAAGCCGAAUUGAAUAGAAGUAAUAUUGAAAAAUCUAGAGUACAGGAAGACUUUCAGCUUAUGUUCAACGACUUACAAAAACUUCAGGAUGAUAAUAGGUCACUUAUGUACAAUAAUGCCCAAUACUUACAAGAAGCAGAUUAUUGGAGAUGCAAAGCAGCUGAGGUCGAUAAUAAUCUUAAAGAUCUCGACAUUAAGAGUAAUUCUCAGAUAAAUGAAAUGGAAUUGGAAAUAAAUGUUUUAAGGAAAAAAUGCAAUAGUCUAAGUAGGGAAUUAGGUAAAUCAAUAUCGGUAAAAGAUAAAGAAAAGAAUUCGGAAAGAACUCAUCGCCAAGAAAUUGAAUCUCUUAACGAAAGUUUGUCAAAUUUUAUGGAGGAGAAAAGAAGUUUGGAAAACGAUCUAAGAGAUAAAGAUAAAAUAAUUAAUAAAUUAAAACAAAUUCGUAUAGACUCUAUAGAUUCAGAAAAGGAAGAGAAUUUCGAGGUUUAUAUAGAAAAGAUUAAAGAAAAACUAAAUGAGAAUAUACAAUUAAAAUCUUUACAAAAAGAUCUAGAACAAUCAAAAUUAUCAAUUGAAGGUUUGAAAGAGGCUAAUCGACAGGUAAUUGAGGAGUGCAAGCACGCUAAUUGCCAAUUAGGCCUAAGUAUUCAAUCUAACCGAAACCUCGAAACUAAAAUUGCAGAAUAUAAGAUUGAAAUAGAUGAGAAAAACAACGAAAUAGAAUUAUUAAAAGAGAAGAUAAUUGAAAUAUUAAAAUCUGGUGAUAGGAAAGUAACACCUUCUGCAAAAGACGUUCAAAAUGCUGAAAUUGAUGAGCUAAAGAGUCAAUUCGGUAAGUUAGAGGAAGCGUAUGAAAAAUUGUUAGAGGAGAAGAACGAUUUAAAACUUGAACUAAAUAUAAUUAAUCGAUCGCAUAGGAACUUGGAAAAACAACUUGAGGAGAUGACCUCAAAAAUCGUUGAGAAGAAUCAAGAAAUCGCGAAUCUAAAAUCGGAGAAUAAUUCUAUCAUUUCAAAUUCGAAGAUUUAUCCGAAAAUUGACAUAACUGCUAUCUUAGAUGAAGAGGACCGAGAAGUUGCAACCGCAAAUCUUGGACAGGAUGAUUCUCUUACAUUACCUUUUAUAUUGAAGAGUUAUAACGCUCUUUUAAAGGAUCAUGAUUUGUUAAAAGAGGAAUGCUCCGAUCUACGUAGUCGCCUACAAUAUCUGCCGAAUUCACCAUCUAAAGUAGAUAUUGGAAUUCAAGUUGAUAAUGUUCAACCGAGCGACGAAAUGAUUGAGUCUCAAUUAAAACGAAUUGAAUAUUUGGAAUCAAUUAAUCACGAUUUAUUGAGUGAGAAUGAAAAUCUGCAUAAAAUGAAAGACGAAGCCAAUGAACUAUUAGAGAAUAUGACUAUAAGUUUAAAAGAGAACGAAUUAAUCGAAAAUCUCGAUUCAUUACUCCUACCUAAACUUGAGUUAUUGGAAGCGGAAAAUUAUGAAUUGCAAAAUCUUGUUGAGCAGAUGAAAGUUAGAGAUUUAGUCUUUACAGAAACGUUAGCUGAUAAAUGUUACCUUGAAACUGAGUUACGAAAGAUUAAAAUUCUUUUAAAGGAGAAAUUAGACGAAAAACAUAGGUUGCAUUCACUAUUUAAUCAAUGGAAAGUUAAUCUUAUUGAAAAUAAGAAUGAUCAGAUAAGAAUUGAAUCUUUAUUGAAGAAUUAUGAAAGAUUCGAGAAUGAACUAAAGGAGGAGAAUAAUUGGCUAUUAAAUGAAUUGCAAGAUUUGCAAGAUAAAUGGAAAGAUUGCGAACUAACUAAGAAGGAAAACGUUUCAUAUAAGGAUGUUUUAAAGGACGAAUUUGAUAAAAUAAAGGUAAUAAACGGUCUAAAGAAUCUAGAAUCGGGAAUAGCUAAAAAAUGGUUCUCAACCUCAAAUUUACCGGAUUCUACUAAAUCUGAAAGCGAUGAUAUAUGUUCAAGAAGUGAAGUCUCAAGCAGUAAUCCAGAUUUAGCUGAUUUAAAAAUGAAAAGAAUAUAUUGGGAUAGGUUACAUCGUAAAGCUGUUAAUGCUUUAAAAGAAAAACUGGCUUUGGAAGACCUUCAGUAG